AUGCUCAUCAAGAUCAGCGUACUCUUCAGCCCUUCACCCAGCAUCCCACCUGCCUCCCCUCUGACACAUGUAAUGAAGCCAAACACCAAAAUGCUAACACUUUUUCCUGGAGAAAAAAAGGCUAAGAUUUCCUUUACUCAAAGAAUUGCACCUGCAGGCAUUCGGCAGACCAGCAUCGCUUCCUUCUUCACCUUGCAGCCAGGAAGGACAAUUGGUGGUGACCAGAGGAAUGUUUCAUCUCCUAUAGAAAGUCAGACCAACAAAGAGUCUAAGAAUGAUGUAACCCAGCUAGACCAUUUGAUCCAGGGCUUAGGGGAUGAUUGCAUGGCACCCCCAUUAGCCACUUCAACCCCUGCAGACACCCAGGAAGCCGGACUUUCUCCACAGCCCCUCCAGGAUUCUGGCCACCACAGAAUGGGAACACCAUUUUUGACUGUGCUGUCUUUGCUCCAGCCUGACACCUUAGUCUGUGCUGGAAAGAGUAAAGCCUCUCCAUCUUGUUCCUUCACCAAGAACUUGGAAGGUUCUCGCUCACUGGACCAAAAGGAGGAAGAGAAAGACUCUUCCUGGAAAAGGGAAUGGCUUCAUGGAUCUAAGAAAAAGAACUAUCAGGGUGUGGAGAGACCCAUUAAACCACCUCGGGGCAAGGGCCAUGAGCCCUUGGACAAGACGCCAUUAGAAAAGGUGUCUGCAAAAGAAACCAGACAGACCCCGAUCCUCCUUCAAACAUACAGGGAUUCCUGGAAUGGGGAAAACACACACUCAGUGAAACAAAGCCCUUGUCCUAUCCCUCUAUUUUCUUGGGACAGUGAAAAGAAUGACAAGGACUCUUGGAGUCAGCUUUUUACUGAGGAUUCUCAGGGCCAGCGAGUCAUUGCCCACAACUCUAGAGCUCCUUUCCAAGAUGUAACCAACAACCAGAAUCGGGGCUUAGGGCAGUUUUCUAGCAGCCGUUGGGCUCAGUGCCAGGAGACGCCCACUCAGUUAAAUCUGCAGCCUGAUUUGCUCUUUACCCAGGACUCAGAAGGUAAUCAGGUUAUCAGGCAUCAAGUCUAA